AUGCGAGCGGUAGUGUUAACAUUGCUUUGUUUGGGAAGUUCGUGUUGUUUUGGCGAGGAUGUCAAAAAAGUUUCAUACAAAAUGCCGACAGUAGGAAUAUCUGUGCUUGUUCGUAAUAAAGCACAUACAUUACCCUUCUUUUUAAGUUGCAUACGUAACUUAAAUUAUCCUAAGAAUCGAAUAUAUUUAUGGAUUUAUAGUGAUUUUAAUGAAGAUAAAAGUAUUGAAAUCCUUGAACGAUGGGUUGAUAAGUAUGCACCUCUAUACAAUGGUGUGUAUCUUACUAAAAACAGUUCAAGCGGACGCCUCCAUAGUGAUGAAAAGAGCCCAAUACAUUGGAGCUCCAAUCACUUCAAACAUGUGAUAUCGUUGAGAGAAAAAGCUCUGGAUUUUGCUAGAAAAAUGUGGGCAGAUUAUCUCUUUAUGAUAGAUGCCGAUGUGUUUCUUACAAAUCCAUCUACGUUAAGUGUACUUGUAUCAAAAGACCUUCCCAUCACCGCACCAAUGCUUGUAUCUGAUGGACUUUACUCUAAUUUCUGGUGUGGUAUGACUGACAACUACUAUUAUCAAAGAACAGAUGACUAUAAGCCCAUACAGAGGAUGGAGAAACAGGGUUGCUAUGAGGUUCCGAUGGUUCAUACUGCUGUCUUAGUUCAACUGAAGACCAGAAUAUCAGACCAACUAACAUACAACCCAGAUAAGAUACCUAAUUAUGAUGGCCCUGAAGACGAUAUUAUAGCAUUUGCAGUGAAUGCUAAGAAAAAUGGUAUAACGCUACACAUUUGCAACGAUGAUCUGUAUGGAUUUGUACCGGUACCUUUAGAAGACAACCAUGAUCCAAAGAGUGAUUUAGAGCAGCUGUUGAACAUAAAAACGGAGGCGAUUGGACGCGGGAGUCCAUUGCCCCUGGACCCGUUCCUACAGGACUAUGUAACAUACCCUGAGCUCUGGAAGUUCGGUUGUAACGAAAUCUACAUGAUAAACUUAGAGAGACGCACAGAGAGAAGAGAAUUAAUGGAAUUAAGUUUCAAAGAAUUAGGCAUGGAUGUCAAGCAUUUUAAGGCUGUUGACGGCAGACAAUUGGACAUGAAUAACCUGAAGGAUUUGGGUGUAACAUUAAUGCCUAAUUACGAAGAUCCUUAUCAUAAAAGACCUAUGAAAGCAGGCGAAGUAGGAUGUUUUCUCAGUCAUUACUACAUAUGGGAGGAGAUCGCGGAGAAGCGCCACAGUAUCGCGUUAGUAUUGGAGGAUGACAUACACUUCGUACCCUACUUCCGCAACAGAUUACUGCGACUACUGCGCGAGAUCAAACCACUAGAAUGGGACCUGGUGUACAUAGGUCGUAAGAUCCUGCAGGACGCUGAAGAACAAUACGUGACGGAGCAUACGACGAGGCCGCUGUACUCGUACUGGACGCUCGGGUACUUGCUCAGCGACCGCGGCGCCCGCAAACUGCUAAGCGCUCGCCCCCUCGAUCGCAUGCUACCCGUCGACGAGUUCCUGCCCAUCAUGUUCGACCAGCACCCCAAUGCGACAUGGAAAGCGCAUUUCCCUACGCGCAACCUGGAUGCUUACUCGGCGGCGCCCCUCCUGGUCCACCCCACCCACUACACGGGACAGGAAGGCUACAUUAGCGACACCGAGGAUUCUGACCUCGUCACUGAAAUAACAUUCCAACACUACAAAAACGAACUCUAA